CAGGUGGGGGCCUGUGGCUGGGGUCGCCGGGGCUGGGGUGCCCUUGGAGUCAGUGCCGAGGAUUCCGGUGGUCCGUGAUUACAGGCCUGUGGAGAUCAACGAUUGGAACUCCGUUGUCAGGGGUCACUGUCUGUCGGUCGCCCUCAGUGAAUGAGGACUGGGGUGCAAUGAAAGCGGUGUUAGCUGCAUUCGGAAUUUAAUACCGGCACAGUGGCAGGAGCUGGGGCGCACGGUCAGUGAACGCGCAGUCUGUGGUCCGGAUUAUUCCGAGGGGGUGUGGCCACUGUUUCGAGGGAGGUCCAGGUGUGUGAGUCGUUGAGAGGUUGGGAGGGCGGAACCUGGCUGGUCGGUGGGCCGAGGGUCGGCCGCUCCUUUCUCCGCAGUCCUUCAAGUCUAGGCCCCUCGUAAAGGGUUGGACUGCAGAUCGCCUUGGCUUGGUAGCUACCUCUCUUCCUCUCCACCCCUUAGAUGUGCACGCUUUGCUGCAGGUUGAGGCAUAAGCACAUCUAAAGUGGUAAGGUUUCUACUAAACAUGAGGAUUUUGUCUUUCCUGCAGGUUUACUGUACGUAUGGGUGCACAAGCGCGCGCACACACACGCUUGUAAAUAUUCUUCUUUCAGCCUCACCCUAACGCAAGUAAAAUAACAUCUGAUUCCCAGUUCUGUUCUCCAAUGGUAAUGUUUGUUAACUUUUUUCGUGUAUUUCCAUUUUAGUUCUUCAUUUUUUUUAUGGUGGAUUCUCACAGGGCCAGUAAACUGAAACAUUGGUAUAAUUUGCAUUAGUAUUUUAUUUCAUAGCAUAAACAUUCAUAUAGUAAACAAUGUUUUUCUUUGAAAAUUGUUUUUUUUUUAUUUCUGUAAGUGUAUCAUCAAAAGGCAAACCCUUGUUAUCAUUGGAAACAAUCAGUGCCUUCCUUCAUUUAGGUAUAAUUUAAAUUCUUACAUAUUCAGUUACCACUUUUAAGAACAAGUUAUGAUUCUGUUUUUACUCAUAGAUGUGGCGGCUCCCUUACCCUUAUCUCAACCUUGACUUUUAAUUUUUUUGCCCUUGUCAACAGUGUCUUUUUUUUUUUGACCUUUUUGUUCUCUGCUUUCAAUUUAUUAUUACAUAGAAGAGUAAUUACAUUAAAAACAUUUCGUUUUUCUUUACCUCACUGAACUCUUACUAGGAGCUUUCCUGUUCCCCAUAAUUUAAUUAUGGAAAUUUGAAACAGUAAAGUUUAUAGAAUUUUGCAAUUGAAUACCUGUAUGCCUACCACCUAGGUUUCAUCAUUGCCAUUUUGUUGUGUUCCCUUUACUACAUAUCUUAACAUAUAUGACCCCUCUACUUGUCAUUCAUCUUUUUACAUUUAAAAAAAAGCAUUUCAAAGUAUGUUGUAGACAUUUAUACAUUUCCCGCUAAAUAUUUCAGUAAGCAUAUAAUUAGAGUUUACUUCAUAGUUUUUUUCUAAUAACAGCUUUAUUAUUCACAAUUCUUCCAUUUAAGGUGUGCAAACAGUAUAUUUUUAGUACGGUCAGUUACAUGCAGCCAUCUGCAGCAUUAAUUUUAGGACAUUUUCAUUACCUCUGAAAGAAACCCAUUAUACUUUAGUGUCUGUCUCUAUAGACUUGGCUAUUCUGGACAUUUUCUGUAAAUACAGUCACAUAACGCAGUCUUUUGUGACUGGUUCUUUCACUCAGCAUAAUGUUUCUGGGGUUUAUCCGUGUGGCAGCGUGCGUGUGUACUUCAUUCCUUUCAUACCUGUGUAAUAUUCCAUUGUAUGGCUAUAGCACCCUUUAUCCUUUCGUCAGCUGAUGGAUACUUGCGUUUUGUCCUACAUGUUGCCAGUAUGGAUGCUGCUGCUAUAAACAUUUGUUUACAAGUUUUUGUGUGGACUUGCUUUUGCUUCUCUUGGAUGUAAAUGUGACCUGGAAUUGCUGGGUCAUACGGUAAAUAGGCUUAACUGUUUGAGGAACUACCCCACAGCUUUCCAGCGUGGUUGCACCGUUUUAUAGUCCCAUCAGCAGUGCAUGAGGGUUCCGGUUCCUCCUCAUCCACAUCAACGUGUCCUUCUCAUGUUUUUAUUAUAGCCCUUCUAGUGGGUGUGACGUGGUGUCUGAUACAUGCUUUGAUUUUGUGUUUCUCCGAAGACUAAUGAUGUUGAGCAUUUUUCGUGUGCUUAUGCUAUACGUGACUUUGAGGUGCGUGUCUUUUCAUUAAAUAUAGAUUGUUAGCAAUUCUAACAGUUGCUUAGUAUUUCACUGGAUAUGUGUACUUUUACUCAUUCAGUGAAUUCUCUAUUUGUAGACCUCAGUAAUGCUUUUACCAUCAGCUUUGCAUGCAUGAAUUUCUAAAAUGAAUGUUUGGAUCUAGUCAUAUCUCUGUUGAAAGCAUUCAGUAUGAAGUGUUCCACUAUUCCCCCAAAAUAUUUGGUCAUGUAACACACUAUAAAACGUGUGUUUUGAAAUGUUAUCAAUGUUUAGAUAUAAAUUCUGUAAUCAGCCAUCUAACGAUCUCGGACUCUAAUCAUAUUGGGGGUCCUUUCUUAUAAUUUGUUUCCUCUUCUCUGAUACUGAUUCUUUAUCAAAUUAACUGGUAGCAUUUCCAGAACAGUUAAGAGAUAAUGGGGUUGGCGCUGCUCACGCUUGCCUUGAACUUGGCUUGAGAGAAAGUAUUUACAUUUCACUAGACAUAUAGGAUAUAUUUAGGUUUUUUUUUUCAAAGUGAAAUUCACAAAGCAUAAAAUUAGCCAUUGUAAAGUCAACAAUUCAGUGGCUUUUAGUACCCUUAGAAUGUUGUGCAACUACCACUUCUGUCUGGUUCUAGAACAUUUUUAUAACCCUGAAAGGAAAUCCUGUAGUAAAAUUACUCCACAUCUCGCCCUCCCCCAGACCCUGGCAACCACCAAUCUGCUUUCUUGUGUCUGGAUUGCUCUAUUCUGGAUAUUUUAUGGGUGUAGUCAAACAGUGUGUGACCUUUUGGGUCUGGCUACUCUCACGUAGGAUAAUGUUUUUGUGGCCGUGUGCUGUGUCCUUCAGUCCUUAGCCAGACUGUUUACAGCUCUUAGCCUCCUUUCCUGCUUGCACUGAGCAUGGCGAUCAGCCAGUAGGAAAGCCUGGGGUCUUCCCAGGUCUUUUCUGAAUAGGUGUCCUGGCCUUGCAUGUACGUGGCUUUAUAAAUUCCCCAGUAUAUACUGGCGCUUUUGAAUAGCUUCAGUUCUCAAAGAAACUCUCUUCCCAGAUUUCCCUCCCAGCCUUUUGGCUCUGCCUCAACUGUAAUCUUUUGUCCCAGGCAGCUACAGGUUGUCAGUCCACCUUAACAGUGUUGUUGAGAAAUGCCCACUGCUUUUUCACCCUGAGUGAGUUCCUAAUUGGAGGGGUGAGCGCAUUGCGUCAGGGAGCCCCAGACGUGUCGAACAGACACACAAAGUUCUCUGCAGAUAGUCUGCUCUGCUCCCUCCAGGGCCAGGGACCAGGACCCCACACUGGGAGUGGUGGUGGCUCCUCAGGACCACCAGCAAACUGGGGAGGGGGCGAAGCAAGGGCAAAUUGGAUGGCAUGGAGCUUCUGUACCACUUUCAAGGUGCCUUUGCCUCAGUGUUCACUCUGUUGCUGUCAAUCUUUGGCUGCUUUUCAGAGUCCUGACACAGUUCUUGUUUUGAUGCUGGUAGUUUUUAAUUGCUUUCUUGAUGUUUCCGUGGAGGAAGGAGCCCUGAGAACUUCCUGCCCUGCCAUUUUCACUCACCAGGAUUCUUCUCCUGAUGUACCUGACUGUUUUUUUGUCACUGGUCCUUGUGUGAAGAACUCAGUGGAUGCAGAUGCAAAGGCAGUGAUAUCCUCCAGCCCAUCCCCUCUUCCCUCCCCAGAGAGAAUGGCUUUCUUGAAUUCGUUUUAUAUCAUGCAUGUUAUAAUGCUUUUACUAAAUGCAUCUAUGUCUGCAGAUAACAGUCUUAUUCUAUAUGCUUUAAUUUGUUUCUGUUGAUUUUCCUUUUUGCUUUCACAUAAUGAAAAUGGUCUGUUAGGUAAUGUGCUUAGUAGAUCUGUCUUCAAACUGAGGUGCAUCUACACAUUAGGUCUACAAAGACUUGAACAGGUGAAUGAGCACACGUGGUUUAAAGGUAGUCGAUGUUCAGAGCCUCACCUUUUAUGUGUCCUCUUCCCAGAAACUGACCUGGGAGGUGUCCCCUGCUGUGUGGUCAUCGUGUGCGGGCUCUCCCUUCCUAUCUCCUCUUUCACAGACACCCAUUUCCGCUUCACAGAAGAAGGUCCUUCUUUCCACACAUCUGAUGUCCCCUUGCUCCAGAGAGCAGUCGCCUCUGGGGCUCCAAAUAAAGGAACAGAUGGCCUUGAAAUCAGCACACAGGUCCAGGCUCCAGGAGAGGUCCGGCACAUGAAGUGAGGACGGGAUUUCAGGACCCGGAUGCCAUCGUUUGCAGGGACGCCGCUGACUGGCGAUUCAGACUUCUAACCAGAAACUUAAGGCAGUUCAAGAAGAGACUGGAGACACAGCAUCCGACUGGCCAUUUCCCAACAACAAGAAAAUGGUCAAGGACCAGGAGUCUCUGACCCUGCAGGAUGUGGCCGUGGACUUUAGCCGGGAGGAGUGGCAGCUCCUGGGCCCCGCUCAGAAGGACCUGUACCGGGACGUGAUGCUGGAGAACUACAGGAACCUGGUGUCAGUGGGCUAUCAAGCCAGCAGGGCAGACACACUGCCCAGACUGGGAGGAAGAGACCUGCGGACGGCGGGAGAGGAAGCCCGCAGUCGGAUCUGUCCAGGAAUCAAGAAAGAUGAUAGUCAUCUGCAAGGGCACUUGGAGAAUCAAAGAUGGCCAAGGAGGAUGGAGCAAUGCCAUGAACGUAACACAUUUGGAGACAGUGUUCAUCAGAGUAAAAGUUUUCCUCUAAGGCAAAGUCAUAAUAUGUUUGACUUACAUGGGAAAACACUGAAAUCAAAUUUUAGAUUAGUCAACCAGAACAGAAACUAUGAAGUGAAGAAUAUUGUUGAGAUUAAUAGAGAUGUAAAAUCCUUCCCUCCUGCAAAGCAUGGACAAUUUUGUACUGAAAUUAAAUUUCCUGAACGUGGAAAUUCUGUGAACUCAAAGACACAAUUCACUAAGCAUCAAAGAAUUCAAAAGGUAGAUAAGCCCCAUAUAUGCAUUGAAUGUGGGAAAACCUUCAUUAAGAAGUCUCGCCUUAUGGACCAUCAGAGAGUUCAUACUGGAGAGAAACCUCACAGAUGCAGUAUAUGCGGGAAAGCCUUCUCCAGAAAGUCCAGGCUCACUGAACAUCAGAAAACUCACAUAGGAGAGAAACGGUAUGAAUGCACCGAAUGUGGCAAAGUCUUCCCCAAGAAAUCACGGCUACUUUUUCAUCAGAAAACUCAUGCAGGAGAGAAACCCUAUGUAUGCAAUGAAUGUGGGAAAGGCUUCGUCAAGAAGUCUCGGCUCAUUAACCAUCAGAGGGUUCAUACAGGAGAGAAACCUCAUGGAUGCAGUCUCUGUGACAAGGCAUUUUCCAGAAAGUCCAGGCUCAUUGAACACCAGAGAACUCAUACAGGAGAAAAACCUUAUGAAUGCACUGAAUGUGACAAAACGUUCCGCUGGAAAUCACAGCUCAAUGCACAUCAGAAAAUUCAUACUGGGGAGAAGUCGUAUAUAUGCAGUGAUUGCGGAAAAGGCUUCAUUCAGAAGGGCAAUCUCAUUGUCCAUCAGCGGACUCAUACGGGAGAGAAACCCUAUAUAUGCAAUGAAUGUGGAAAGGGCUUCAUUCAGAAGGGCAAUCUCCUUAUCCAUCAACGAAUUCACACUGGAGAGAAGCCCUAUGUAUGCACCGAAUGUGGGAAAGGCUUCAGCCAGAAAACAUGCCUCAUAUCACAUCAGAGAUUCCACACUGGAAAGACUCCCUUUGUGUGUACCGAGUGUGGAAAAUCCUGUUCCCACAAGUCCGGUCUCAUUAACCAUCAGAGAAUUCACACAGGAGAGAAACCCUACAUAUGCAGUGACUGUGGGAAGGCGUUUCGUGAUAAGUCAUGCCUCAAUAGACAUAGGAGAACUCAUACAGGAGAGAGACCCUACAGAUGCUUGGACUGUGGGAAAGCCUUCUCCCACUUGUCGUGCCUUGUUUAUCACAAGGGAAUGCUGCAUGCAAGAGAGAAACGUGUACUUAGUCAAAUUGGAGAAUUCUUUCUCAGAGAAUCACAGCUCAUCACAUUCAAGUGGUAUACAGGAGAAAAACCCUGUCAAUAUGGUGACUGUGCAAAUGCCUUCUGUAGCAACUCAGACUUUGGCGAACAUCAGUGGGUUCCUGGCAGAUGGGAAUGCAGCCAGUGUGGGACAGCCAGGUGCCAGGUGUGCACCCUCAGUAAAUAACGGAAUUCACAGAGAGAUACCUUAUGAAUGCAGUGAGUGUGGUAGCACCUUCAGUGAUCAAUUACAUCGUAUUUUAUGUCAUAGGAAACACCCAGGUAUAAACUGUGAUGCAAUCAAGGUGGAGACCCCUUGAAUAAAUCAUUCCAGCUGACUGUAAGGUGGUGUAUACUGAG